AUGUCAACUCCCAAUCCUAGUCCUCUUGGAACCGAUAUAUCCAAACUGGCCAUUCCCACAUUGCCAGGAAACUUUCCUCCAGAGACACAGAAGUCUGGAUUUUGGUCAUCCAACCCCAUUUUCUACUACCUGAACAACGUUUACUCUUCAGUGUCAGAGCACCGUCAGUCUUUGAACUUGGUCAACCCAGGGGUCUUUGAGAACCUCACAAAGGAAGUCAGCCGUGAUGUUUUCCUCAACCAAUACUUUUUUACAGGACUGAGAGCAGACCUCAACAAGGCCUUCAUUAUGAACCCAGUGUUCCAGAUUUCUCAUGCUUUGUCUAUUGGAUCCGAACAAAUCCCACCAUAUGCAUUUAGUGCCUUAUACGCCAACGACAACCUGUUCUUGCAAGGUAACUUGGACAACAACUUUUCAUUGUCUGGUAGAUUACACUACGGAUGGGAUAAGCACAACAUCACUAAAGCAACUUUGCAAAUUGUUAAGGACCAACCAACCAUGGCUCAACUGGAGCAAGACUACCAGGGUAAUGACUUUUCCUUCAACUUCAAGGCUUUGAACCCUUCUAUUCUAGACGGCCGUUUUACCGGUGUUGCCGUUGGAUCUCUCCUACAAGCUUUAACCCCAAAGUUGGCCGUUGGUCUGGAAUCUGUAUACUCUGUCCAACAUCCUUCUUACCCAGCUGAAGCUGCUGUUUCUUAUGUUGCCCGUUAUAACAAUACUAACUGGAUUGCUACCGCUCAGUUGCAAGCUCAAGGUUCUUUGAGCACCUCUUUCUGGAGAAAGGUUACCGAAAACGUGGAAGCUGGUAUUGAGACCAACUUACAAGCCACUAUGAAGCCUUUGACGGACCCAAUCAUGGGUGCCCCAGUUGGCUUUCAGCCAGUUAUCGAGGGAACCACCACUCUUGGUGCCAAAUACGAAUUCAGACAAUCUGUAUUUAGAGGCCAGAUCGACUCUCAAGGUAAAGUCGCUUGCUUCUUGGAGAAGAGAAUCCUCCCUACUGUUUCCAUUUUAUUCAGUGGUGAGUUGAACCACUUUGACAACACUUCCAAAUUGGGUCUUGGUUUGCAAUUGGAGAGCGCUGGCUCCGAAGAACUGAUGAAGAUGCAACAAGGUUUGAUUGAUCAGAACGGAAACCCUAUUCCUGGAGCUCCUCAGACUUUAUAA